AUGGGAGGAGACGAACAGCAACCCGACCAACGGCGAACCGUUAGCAUCAAACCAACCAACAAUCCGAUUACCAACAAACCGACCAACAGCAAUCCGAUAAACAACAAACCGACCAACGGCAAACCAUCAACGGUAAAGCAACUAACAACAAGUAACAAACCUAUCGAAAGCAAACAGACCAACCGAAAAUCGACCAACAGCAAACCGAUUACCAACAAACCGACCAACGGCGAACCGAUUAACAACAAACCGACCAACAGCAAUCCGAUUACCAACAAACCGACCAACAGCAAUCCGAUAAACAACAAACCGACCAACGGCAAACCAAUCAACGGUAAAGCAACUAACAACAAGUAA